AUGCGGACUGGCACUUUUGGCUGGCACGACUUAGACAACAGUGAGUACGACUGUUGGCCCAUAGAGAAACCGGACGAGUACAACAUGAUAGAAUGUGGAGGUCUGGAGAUGGCGUGGGUGCAUCGUCCUCCAGAAAAGGUUGUGAGCGGAGUGGAGUUCGGCGUCACCUACUCAGUGACAGCCUCCGAUGCGUUUUACCAGUGGGCCGUCGACAACGUGAUUUUCACUCAGAGCUACAUCCGUGAUGCGGCCGCCGCCAAGCGCUUCUGCGAGGAGUACGAGUGCCCGUCCAACUGGAAGGAUGCCAACGGGGAGAACUGCUGCAUUCACCAUGCCAACAUCCACUCCUGCCCCAUGGGCUACAUGGUGGAGGAAAGGAUCUGCGGACCCUGGAUCCCAGAUGAUGGAAGGAUCUUCACCCACACCAUCUCUACGGCGGGCAAAAUGACCCAGACCAACUGGACAGCCAAGGUGGUCCUUUUUCAUGUGGGCGUCACCUCGCUCAUCGCUCACAUCAGGGUGGGGAGGAUGCAGGUUGCCUUGGAAGCAAAGAGCACCGUCUUCCCCGCCAUAGUGUGUGGCGACGGGCUGUGUGAGGAAGAAGAGAUGUGCUCCACGUGCCCGGCAGACUGUGGAGAGUGCCCCAUGACGCCUGCCAUCAAAGUGGCCAUUGGCCUCCCCAUUGCUCUUUUCUUCAUGAGCUUCUUGUUCACAGCAGUGUGGUUUCAGUAUCAGAAGCAAAAGAUGUUGUGGGAUGAAAGUUGGGUCAUUGACUUCGGUCAGAUAAAACAAGACCAGGUGAUCCGGACGACCACAGGCAGCAUCGUAAGCGUCCCCAAUGGCAACAGCAACUCCAAUGCCAGCUGCAUGACGGCUCUGAGCUCCUGCACCGGGGCAUUCACUUCCUCCCGCAAACAGACAUUCACCCACACUGGCUUCUACGAUGGCCGAACAGUUGCCAUCAAGAAAAUCAAUACCAAGACCUUUUCCCUCUCAAAAACCAUACGUCGAGAAGUAAAGCAAGUGAGAGAGCUGGAUCACCCCAACCUGUGCAAGUUUUUCGGAGGCUGCGUGGAGGUGCCAAAUGUGGCGAUCAUCACGGAGUACUGCCCCAAAGGCAGCCUGAGUGAUGUCCUUCUCAAUGAGGAGAUCCCACUUAACUGGGGCUUCAGGUUUUCCUUUGCCAUGGACAUUGCUCGAGGGAUGGCGUACCUCCAUCAGCACCGGAUUUGCCACGGAAGGCUAAAAUCGGGAAAUUGCGUGAUUGAUGACCGCUGGGUCUGCAAGAUCACAGAUUACUGCCUGCCCACUUACCGGAGGGAGGACUCUGAGGUGGUCCUCACCACCUACCAACAGAGGUUGCGUGAGGUAUACCUUCCUCCAGAGGCUCAGACCUCCAGUAUGGAGCCGACCCUCCCCGGGGACGUGUUCAGUUAUUCGAUUAUUUUACUGGAAACAGCCACCAGAAGUGACCCAGUUCCUGUGGAGGACACGUCCAUGGGAUAUGCGUGGUGCCCCCCUCUCCCAGAGCUCAUAUCUGGGAAAGCGGAAAAUACCUGUCCCUGUCCUUCUGACUAUGCUGAGCUGAUCAGGAGAUGCCGGGCCCACAAUCCAGCCCACCGGCCCACCUUUGAGCAAAUAAAGAAGUUUGUGCACAGAAUAAACCCAAACAAAGUCAGCCCAGUGGAUAUGAUGAUGAAUCUGAUGGAGAAAUACAGCAAGCACCUGGAGGUUUUGGUGGCAGAAAGAACACAGGACUUGAUGCAUGAGAAGCAGAAGACUGACCGUCUCUUAUAUAGCAUGCUGCCUAAACAGGUUGCCGAUGAUCUCCGGCAGGGAAAACCAGCACAGGCUCAGAGCUACGUAAGCACUACCGUGUUUUUCAGUGAUAUUGUGGGCUUCACUCAGCUGUCAAGCACCAGCACACCAUAUCAAGUUGUGGAAUUCCUCAACAAACUUUACACGACCUUCGAUGAAAUCAUUGACAAUUAUGAUGUUUACAAAGUGGAGACGAUUGGGGAUGCCUACAUGGUGGUGUCUGGUGUACCGAAGGUAAAUGGCAUUCUGCACGCCUCUGAAAUUGCCAGCAUGGCACUGGACCUGGUGGGUGUCUGUAGGACAUUCAGCAUUCCCCACAAGCCCGACAGUCAGCUCCAGAUACGCGCUGGCAUCCAUUCGGGUCCCGUUGUUGCAGGUGUGGUGGGGACGAAAAUGCCCAGGUACUGCCUGUUUGGAGACACGGUGAACACGGCUUCAAGGAUGGAAUCUACCAGUGAAGCUUUGAAGAUUCAGUGCAGCUCAAGCACCUUCUAUCUGCUGGAGGAGAUUGGGGGCUAUGUGUUAUGCUGUCGAGGUGUGUUACAGGUUAAGGGGAAAGGUGACAUGGUCACGUACUGGCUGGAGGGCAAACAGGCCAGGUUGGAGGGACAGGGGCAAGAAAGGAAAUCCCUGCACAUCCCAGGCGCUGGAAAGGAGCACAACGCCUCCAUCCCGGGACACCUGGACAACAGCCUCCUUAUAGACCCAGAGUGA